CUCCAUCUCCAUCCCACUCUUCUCUUUCUUCUCUUCGUCUCUUUUUUUAUUCCCCGUAGUCCGAUUCUUAAUCCCACACAGUCACCAUGGAAGGUAAGGGCUUCCUGCCACCUUGCGUCUUGCUCGCUUCCCAAGCUUGCUCGCUCCCCCUCCCCCCUCCGUUACCCCCCUCAACGCCCACCUUUACAACUUGGCUAACAUCUAUUUUUUUCCACCAUCUAGAGGAAGUUGCUGCUCUCGUCAUUGACAAUGGGUAUGUUACUCUGGGUUUUCGAUGAUUCUGGCG